CUUUUGAACCCUUCGCUCCAUCGUCUCCGCCUGAAACCCUCCCGAGCCUCUCACCAUGGUUGGAUUCAAGCCCUCCGACGUCCCUCCAACGGCGACCGUCAAGUUCUUGGGUGCCGGGACGGCGGCCUGCAUCGCCGACCUGAUCACCUUCCCUCUGGACACGGCAAAAGUCCGGUUACAGAUCCAAGGAGAGAAGAAAUCCCACGUCGCCCCCAAAACAGCACAGUACAGGGGGGUCUUUGGCACCAUGGCCACGAUGGUGAAGAACGAGGGUCCCAAGAGCCUCUACAACGGGUUGGUGGCCGGUCUCCAGCGCCAGAUGAGCUUUGCCUCGGUCCGGAUCGGCCUCUACGACUCGGUGAAACACUUCUACACCAAAGGCUCGGAGCAUGCCGGCGUGGGUAGCCGGCUCCUUGCCGGUUGCACCACAGGGGCGAUGGCGGUGAUGGUGGCCCAGCCCACGGACGUGGUCAAAGUGCGAUUCCAGGCCCAGAUCCGGACAGAUGCUGGCCGGCGCUACCAAGGCACUUUGCAUGCCUACAAGACCAUUGCCAAGGAAGAAGGGGUCCGGGGCUUGUGGAAAGGGACGCUGCCCAACGUAUCCCGAAACGCCAUUGUGAAUUGUGCCGAACUGGUGACCUAUGACAUCAUCAAAGAUUCCCUCCUCAAAUCCCGUCUCAUGACAGACGACAUCCCCUGCCACUUCCUCUCCGCCUUCGGGGCCGGCUUCUGCACCACCGUCAUAGCCUCUCCAGUUGACGUGGUGAAAACCAGGUACAUGAACUCUCCUCCCGGCCAGUACAGGAACGCUGGAGGAUGCGCCCUCAGGAUGCUCCGGGAUGAAGGACCUCUGUCUUUCUACAAGGGCUUUACACCCUCCUUCCUUCGGCUGGGAUCCUGGAACGUGGUGAUGUUUGUGACUUACGAACAGCUGAAGCGUGCACUGAUGGCUGCUCGGGCAUCGUGGGGGACGCCAUCCUGAGCCGACCGGCGAGGCACAGUUUAAACGUUUGCUCCCAUCCUAUCAGUCUGUUUUCCUCCGUUUUCUGCUCGUUUCUAAAACUCCGUGGAUUUCCCCGUUUUAAAAUGUUAGAAUGGUUUUAAUUUUUACACGUCUCGGCCUGGCUAUAGCUGCUGAUUCAGGAUCUGCAGAUAUUCCUGCUGUCUUUUUCUUUUUU